GAUAGGCGUCGCUGAUCGUCAUUAUUAGUUACAGGCACACACGCGGAUCAUUUUGUAAGACGUUUUGUCGGCAAUUAAAGUUUCAAUUGUCCUGCACUUGUGAUACUCUGUAAAAGUAAAAGAAAUUAUUUAAAAAUGUCAACAGUAGCUAGUCCUUUGGUUGUUGGAGGUGUACGGCAGUCUGGUGCUCCAGUACGAACACAAAAUGUCAUGGCUGCUUGUGCAAUUGCUAAUAUAGUGAAGAGUUCCUUGGGCCCCGUUGGUUUGGACAAAAUGCUUGUAGAUGACAUUGGUGAUGUUACUGUUACUAAUGAUGGUGCAACUAUUUUGCGCUUGCUUGAGGUUGAACAUCCAGCUGCAAGAGUUUUAGUAGAGUUGGCCCAGUUACAAGAUGAAGAAGUUGGGGAUGGUACUACAUCAGUUGUAAUAAUUGCUGCUGAGUUAUUAAAAAAUGCUGAUGAGUUGGUGAAACAAAAGAUUCACCCAACAUCUGUAAUUAGUGGUUACAGACUUGCUUGCAAAGAAGCCUGUAAAUACAUUCAGAAGCAUUUAACAGUCAGUGUUGAUGAGCUUGGAAGAGAUUGCUUAGUUAAUGUAGCAAAAACUUCUAUGUCUAGUAAAAUUAUUUCAGCUGAUGCUGAUUUCUUUGGAAAUAUGGUCGUUGAUGCUGCUAAUGCAAUAAAAGUGAAUGAUGGAAAAGGAGGCUUUCUGUAUCCCAUAAAAGCUGUUAAUGUUCUGAAAGCUCAUGGGAAAAGUGUUAGGGAAUCUGUAUUAGUACAAGGCUAUGCAUUGAAUUGUAUUGUAGCUUCGCAGGCAAUGCCUAAGAGAAUAGCAAAUGCAAAAAUCGCAUGUCUAGACUUUUCUCUGCAAAAAACAAAAAUGAAAUUGGGCGUUGAAGUCUUGAUCACAGAUCCCGAAAAGCUUGAAGCAGUUCGUCAACGAGAAAUAGAUAUUACGAAAGAACGUAUUCAAAAAAUUCUAGCCGCGGGCACGAAUGUUGUUCUUGUGUCUGGUGGAAUCGAUGAUCUGUGCUUAAAGUAUUUCAUAGAAGCUAAGGCAAUGGCAAUUCGUAGAUGCAAAAAAGCAGAUUUGAAAAGGAUUGCAAAGGCCACUGGUGCACAAUUUGUUACUUCUUUAACUAACAUGGAAGGAGAAGAAAGUUUUGAACCCAGUUUUCUUGGAGAAGCUGCUGAAGUAGUGCAAGAAAUGAUAUGCGAUGAUGAACUUAUUCUUAUCAAAGGACCGAAAGCAAGGACGGCAAGUUCUCUUAUAUUACGCGGACCAAAUGAUUAUUACUGCGAUGAAAUGGAACGGUCCGUACAUGAUGCAUUGUGCACCGUUAAACGAGUUUUGGAAAGCAAAAGCGUAGUUGCAGGAGGAGGUUGCGUUGAGGCAGCGCUUUCAAUUUACUUAGAAAACUUUGCUACAUCCUUGAGCUCUCGAGAACAAUUAGCUAUCGCUGAAUUUGCUAGAUCAUUGCUAGUUAUACCGAAAACAUUAGCAGUCAACGCGGCACAGGAUGCUACCGAUCUUGUCGCUAAAUUACGAGCUUAUCACAAUUCCAGUCAAACUAAAGCAGAUCUUGUAGAUUUGAAAUGGGUUGGUCUUGAUUUACUUGAGGGUACUAUUAAAGAUAAUAAGAAGGCUGGUGUAUUGGAACCAGCCAUUUCCAAAAUAAAGUCUUUGAAAUUUGCAACAGAAGCAGCAAUAACUAUCCUUAGAAUUGAUGAUAUGAUCAAACUGGAUCCAGAUCGCUCAAAAGACAAAUCAUAUCGCGAUGCAAUGGAUGCUGGAGAAUUGGAAGAGUAAAAUUACAAUGUAUUUAUCCCUCUUCUUCUUACAUGAUUCGUUAUAUAAUGCAAACUAAGUUAUUUUUUACUAUGAAUACCGUUUCACAAUUUAAUGAUAAGAAAACAUUACGAUUUAACAUUGAUGUUCGUACGUUAAGUUGAUCUUACAAUUAAUGCUUUGUCAUAAAUAAAUCUGCAGGCAUAAUAUAAA